UUAAACGCAGCGCGCGCGCAGGGCACACGUGUACUAGAAGUGAAUCGCUUUUUCUGAUUCUUAUAUCGAAUAGAGAAACAGAAGCCUCGCUUAGUUUUACACUGUGUUAAAAGCCGCCUGGAACUGUGUUAAAAUAAAAUGACAGCUAAAGCAUAAAUAUUACGAUUAUAAUUAUACCGAAAUGAUGUUAUUGUUAGUCAUUAAAAUAGAAGUGGACAUGUCCUUAUCAAUACAGUAACGUAUCAGCUGUUUAAGUGAGGAAAUCGUUGUUCUGUAACGAAAUGAGGAUCGAUUGUACAUGGAUUAUUUUUCUGAUCUUGCCAUACGCAUUGGUGACUUCAGGACCUGUGCGGAACCAAGAGAGUCAAAAUGAAAAUCAUGAAACAAAUUUAUCAAAUGUACAACAACCACUACAUAAUGCUCAAAAUAUACCAAAGUCAGGGGAUACUUCCAUUCAAGACGAACAAAUAAUAUCCGUAAGAAUAACGUCAUCUGUCGCUGUUGGCAGAACCAAAUCGAAACCAGUUUAUAAAGUAUCGAAUAAAAAUAGAGACCACGAGAGUGAAUUUCAUACAACUACUCCUUCAAUAGAUGUGUUCAAAACAUUCGCUUCUACAACCGUGACUGACAUUUUAACAUCUACUGUUCAGACGACUAUUUUAGAAGACGUCGAUGAUAUAACAGAUUUACCUCCAAGUCUCGCUGGUGCUAACAUAGAAUUCAUUAAACAACUUCAAGCUAAAAAAGAGACAAGAGGUCUUAAUUAUUACGAAAGAUUACAUCCUUUUCAGUUAGACGAUGACCAGUCUGAUUCUAACCAAACUAACGAUUCUAUAGCCGAAUCAUCUGUACACUCAAUUUUAGAAAAUGAUGAACUUAUAAAUGAUGUACCGUUAGCCAGGUCUGUGCCAUUAUCUUAUUCUUCUAAAACAUAUAUUCAAGAUCCGUUACAAGGAUCGCGUAGAAAUUCACGGUUGACUACUGUAAAUUUUAAUAUAGUACAUGAUUCGCCUAAAGUACAAAAUUACAACGAUGAUCCAAUACCAACUACAUAUGUUAAUCCAAAUCAAAAUAUAGAAGAACUCCAAAAGUUUUAUAAUCAUCAUUCACCUUCUAAUGUUUAUAGUCAACCGUCGCAAAUCUAUAGUGAACCUGCAAAAUUCUAUAGUGAACCAGCAAAGAUUUAUAGUGAACCUGCGAAAAUAUAUAGUGAACCGUCUAAAAUAUACAGUGAACCUGCUAAAAUUUAUAGUGAACCCGCAAAAUUCUAUAGUGAACCAGCGUCUUUGCAUCUGUCUCCAGAUAUUUCUUCAGAUCAAAAUAGUUGGCAAAAGCAAUCAGCCACAUCGACCUAUAGUAGCACUGCUAUAAGUACAACGCCCAACUCUAUGACAAACCCUCCCACAAUAAACGUCCAACGAACAGUCCAUGAGCCAGAAAAAAAUUAUGAGGUAGAUGAAAAGGUCAGCGUGAUGACAGAUGGAAGAACUCAUGGUGAACAACCAUCUGGAUCGGAAAAUUGUAAACAGGAGAAUUGCAAAGUGGGUUACGUUGUAGAAGGUCGGCAGUUUAGAAAAUACAGAGUCGAAGAAAGAACCUCCGACGGCUUUAUCGUUGGGGAAUAUGGGGUAGUAAGAAAUGAAGACGGUGCAUUGCGAGGCGUGAGGUAUACAGCAGACAGUGAUGCUAGUCCACGUCUCAUACAUGACGCGCUUAUGAAGUUCCUGCAGCUAAAAUAGGUAAAGAUUGUCGAAUAAUGUCAUUAUUUGCCAUCGAAACGUUUGCUCAUUUUAUUUAUAUAAAAAAUAAGAUUUUAUUCGCUUCUUAUGCUUAUUUCCUUCAACUGUAUUUAGACGGAAAAGACUGAAUGUCAAUUUUGUAUUUACGUGUAUCCUGAUUUAUAAUGCAACAAUAAACUAUUCCCAACCUGA